AUGGUCCUGAAAGACCAAGAAUCUGUCCUUGGAGACAUGAACAAGUCUCUGAGGGAAAUAGCGGGAGACGGCAAGAAGUCUCCGGCUGUAGAAACCAGGAUUCUAGACAAUCACCUUCUUCGGAUCACGAGAAUGGAAGAAGCGGCGAAGAAGGCCAACACAUCAAUUCACAGGUUAAUGGACCUCAAGCAAAAGCAAGCCAGUCUAGCAGAGUCAUGGUAUGCCCGAGCAGCUGCUAGAGACACAGCCAGACAGGGCAAGACAGUCAUUGUGUUUACAGUGGUAACUAUACUCUUUUUGCCAGUUUCUUUCAUCACCUCAGUCUUCACCAUCGAGGCAACCGUAUUUCCUCGAGACCAGGACGGCAAAAUUCCGUUCGAAUACGCUAUGAAAUGCAUCAUGGGCAUUGGACUUGGCUUGUCCUUGCCUUUAAUCAUCAUUGCAUUCAAUGUUGAUAGAAUAGCAGACCUUUUUAACAAUUUUAGAAGGGAAAGUAGUAUACCAUGGAAGAAACUCACGACUGUGACUGUCCUGAUAGCCGUGACGGUCAUGCUCAGUCUCAUCAUUCUUGUGGCCUUGAUUGCCAAAGGCAUUUGGAACAUGUUUAUCUCACUUAAAGAGCAUUCCACCGUCGCAAGCAUAAGUUCUGGCUACAAUAGCUUCUAG